GGGGAGCGGGCGGGCAGGCGGGGAUGAUGCGCGGGGGGACAGCGCGCUAGGGGCAGGAGGCGGGUGGUCGCCCGGAGACUCCGCACCUCGGAGUGACGUCCUGCUGCAGUGCCGCUGCCUGCGCUGCCCGAGCUCGUCAAUGGAGCUGGAAAACAUCGUUGCCAACACCGUUUUGCUGAAAGCCAGGGAAGGAGGUGGAGGGAAACGCAAAGGCAAAAGCAAAAAGUGGAAGGAAAUCCUGAAAUUCCCUCACAUAAGCCAGUGUGAAGAUCUCCGAAGAACAAUAGAGAGAGAUUACUGCAGCAUAUGUGAAAAGCAGCCCAUUGGAAGGCUUCUCUUUCGGCAGUUCUGUGAAACUCGGCCCGAGCUCGAGUGCUGCAUUCGGUUCCUUGACUCGGUGGCAGAAUAUGAAAUUGCUCCAGAUGAAAAGCUGGGAGAGAAAGGAAAGGAAAUCAUGAUGAAAUACCUCACCCCAGAGUCUCCAGCCUACGUUCCCGAAGUCAGUCCAGAACUUAUCCAGCAGACAGAGGAGAAACUCGAGAACAGCCCCUGCAAGGAGCUGUUCUCUCCCUGCACAAAAUCUGUCCUUGACCACCUCAGUGGGGAGCCAUUCCAAGAGUACCUAAACAGCAUGUACUUCGACAGGUUUCUCCAGUGGAAGUGGUUGGAAAGGCAACCAGUAACAAAAAACACGUUUAGGCAGUACAGGGUACUGGGGAAAGGCGGCUUUGGGGAGGUCUGCGCCUGCCAAGUGCGAGCCACGGGCAAGAUGUACGCCUGCAAGAGAUUAGAGAAGAAGAGGAUCAAGAAGAGGAAAGGCGAAUCCAUGGCGCUCAAUGAGAAGCAGAUUUUAGAAAAAGUCAAUAGUCAGUUUGUAGUCAAUUUAGCCUAUGCCUAUGAAACAAAGGAUGCACUGUGUUUAGUUCUGACCAUAAUGAACGGAGGUGACCUGAAGUUUCAUAUCUACAACAUGGGAAACCCAGGCUUCGAGGAGGAAAGAGCUUUGUUUUAUGCAGCAGAGAUUCUUUGUGGCUUGGAAGACCUUCACAGAGAAAAUACUGUGUACAGAGAUCUGAAGCCAGAAAAUAUCCUGCUGGAUGAUUAUGGCCAUAUUAGAAUAUCUGAUUUGGGUCUAGCUGUUAAAAUCCCCGAGGGUGAAUCAAUCCGUGGAAGAGUAGGAACAGUAGGGUAUAUGGCUCCAGAGGUGCUGAACAACCAGAGAUACACACUCAGCCCUGACUACUGGGGGUUAGGCUGUCUCAUCUAUGAAAUGAUUGCUGGGCAAUCGCCAUUCCGUGGGAGGAAGGAGAAGGUGAAGAGGGAAGAAGUGGACAGAAGAGUGCUGGAGACAGAGGAGGUGUACUCCCAUAAGUUCUCGGAGGAGGCCAAGUCCAUCUGUAAAAUGCUCCUCACCAAAGACGUGAAACAGCGGCUGGGAUGUCAAGGGGAAGGUGCAGCAGAAGUGAAGAGACAUCCCUUUUUCAAGAGCAUGAAUUUCAAGCGGUUAGAAGCAGGAAUGCUGGAUCCUCCCUUUGUGCCUGAUCCCAGAGCAGUGUACUGCAAGGAUGUGUUAGACAUUGAGCAGUUCUCCACAGUGAAAGGAGUUAACCUGGACCAAACAGAUGACGAUUUCUAUUCCAAGUUUUCCACAGGAUCAGUGUCUAUUCCAUGGCAAAAUGAGAUGAUAGAAACAGAGUGCUUCAAAGAGCUGAAUGUAUUUGGACCAAAUGGUACUAUUUCACCAGACCUAAACAAAAGCUACCCCCCAGAGCCACCCAAGAAAGGAUUGCUGCAGAGAAUAUUUAAGCGACAGCAUCAGAACAAUUCAAAGAGUUCUCCAAAUUCAAAGGCCAAUUUAAAUCAUCACAUAAAUUCAAAUCACGUAAGUUCAAACUCCACUGGAAGCAGCUAGUUCCAGCUCAGUCCUAUGAAACAACAUGUUGCAUCCUUCCACUAUAAUCUCUGGAGCUUCUGUGGAUGAGAGAGCCUCCACCAUUGAGUGAAAAAAAGAAAAUCUGGAUCUCCCAAAAUGGAGAUUUUUCUAUCCAUUCCUUCCAGUGGAGCCUCACAUUUUAAGAAGAAAUUUCCACUCAGGUCUGUUUUUGGAGGUGGCACUCAAGACUGUGUGAAUCAAAUUUGUCUCUUUAGAACAUUGCAAUAGAAAUUCAAUGAACAUGACUACUUGCACGUAUUUAAAUAGCAUCAUACUAGAACUGAAUUUUGUCUUUAUUAUUUUUAAAGAAAAGUUUUGUAAAUUUCUCUAUUGUCUCAGUUUACAUUUUGUACAUUUGUAUUUAAAUGAAAGUCAGACUUUGGAGGUGUAUAUUUUCCAAGCAGCAGCUGUAAAGCCAUGUGUUUUAAGACAUUUUUUUAAAAGAAACAAAAUGUGACUCAAGACUUCCAGAGCCUCAAACGAGAAAUCAUUCUUUUUAGCAAUUCUAGAAAAUUCUUCACAAAUCACUUUAUCAGACGGGGGUUUAUUGACAUGCAUUUUUAUGGAACAGUUGAUUCUUAAUUAUUUUACAUCUGUAUAUUUGGUUUACAGCAACACUGCAUACAUUUCUCCUCUUCAUUAGUUUGUAAUGUCUCGCAUUAAAUGCUAAAAGACAAGAUUUUGAUACAUUCAAAAAUGCUA